AUGGCCAGCGCUGAUCUCUCGUCCCGAGGGUCUGCAGAGCACAGCCGCAACGGACGCUUCGUCGCUAUGACCCGACUGCACGCAGCUACGUCGCGGCGCCUGUGCCUGGCGUCGGUCGUCGCCUUGGUGCUGGUGGGUGUCUUCGGCAGCGCCGACGCGAGGGCGGCGUCACCGUGGAGUCUGGAGCGGCAGAGCGGCGCGACGCCCUCCAGCAGUAGGGCACAGGAAGACUACUUGCUGCCCACGGACACCCGGCCCACCGCCUACGCUGUCACGCUGUCUGUGCACCUGGGCGAGGAGGAGGGCAACCAGUUCGCCUUCCAGGGUAACAUCAGGAUCGACGUUUCCGUGGAAGAAAACACGAGCACCAUCACUCUACACAACGACGGGUUGGAGAUCACCACCCUGACUGUGAAGACCUCUGGCGACGACGUCCAGCACAUCGACAGCACGUACGAGAACUCUGGCGACGACAGGCAGUUUCUUUAUAUCAGGUUGGCAGAAGAGGUGGCAGCCGGCACCCAGCUGGUGGUGGAGAUCAGCUACGAGGGCGAGCUGUGGAACGACAUGUACGGCUUCUACCGCAGCUACUACGUCGAGGACGGCGUCACCAAGUGGCUCGGGACAACGCAGUUCCAGCCGACAUACGCCCGGCGCGCUUUCCCCUGCUACGACGAGCCAGCCAUCAAGGCGCCUUUCGCCUUCAGUUUCAGCGUCCCCUCCAGCUACAAUGUGCUCUUCAACACCCGGUUGAAUUCUACCAUGGACGACGCUGCCGUGGGCAGGAAGUACCUGGUGUUCCAGCCGACGCCCCCCAUGAGCAGCUACCUCGUCGCCUUCGUCGUGUCGCAGUUCACAGAGGUGGCGGACGAGCUGGGCGGCGUCUGGGCCCGCCAGCAGGUGCUUCAGGACGGGCAGUACGCGGCCAGCGUCACCAAGCCCAUCAUCGACACCAUGGAGCGGCUGGUCAACGUCCCCUACGAGACAGAAACCAUCGACAAGCUGGACAACGUGGCCAUCCCGGACUUCAGCGCCGGCGCCAUGGAGAACUGGGGCCUCGCCACAUACAGAGAGCGGCUGAUCCUGUGGGCGGACCAGGUGUCCGACGAGAACGACAAGCAGAGAAUCGCGACGGUGAUCGCGCACGAGCUGGCGCACCAGUGGUUCGGCGACCUGGUCAGCCCGCGCUGGUGGGACGUCAUCUGGAUCAACGAGGGCUUCGCCACCUUCUUCGAGUACUUCGCGACGCAAGAGGUGGAGACCGACUGGAAGCUGGACGAGCAGUUUGUGGUGACGUACGUGCACACCGGGCUCUCGUCUGACUCCUCCAGCUCUUCACAGGCACUCACCGCUCCUGCGGGCAGCCCGUCUGAGGUGAUGGCCCGCUUCAACAACAUCGCCUACAACAAGGGUGGCUCAGUGAUCCGUAUGAUGCAGCACGCCUUGGGAACAGAUGUGUUCUACGAUGGACUUAGUCGGUAUCUCAAGGCAAACGCCUUGAGCGAGGGUUCAGACGAGCUCCUGCUGGCCGGCCUGGAGGAGGCGCUGGCCGACGCCGACCCCCAGCCUCUGCUGCCCGACGGCAAGAGCUUCAGCGAGGCGCUCAGGCCGUGGAUAAACACGGCGGGCUACCCACUGGUCAACGUCACCAGGGACUACGAUACAGGGACCGUCACCCUGACACAGACCCGCUUCCUGCAGACGGAGGGGGCGGAGCCCGGCUUGAGCUCGUGGGACGUGCCGCUGACGUUCACCACCGGCCAGGAGGGGGACUUCAGCAGCACGGCGACGCGCCAGUGGCUGCCGGCAGACGCGGGGGAGGCGCAGCUCUCUGUUACGGUCGCUUCCGACGACUGGCUCCUCGUCAACAUACAGGAAGUCGGCUUCUACCGCGUCAACUACGACACGGACAACUGGGCGCUGCUGGCGGCGCAGCUGCAGACCGACCACUCGGCCAUCGGGGUGGUGAACCGCGCCCAGAUCCUGGACGACGCCUUCCAGCUGGCCCGCGCCGGCCUGCUGGACUACAGCGUCGCGCUGGACAACACCGCCUACCUGUUCGCCGAGCAGGAGUACGUGCCGUGGUACAGCGCGCUCACCGCCAUCUCCUACCUGGACACCAGGCUCCAGCAGUCCGAGGAGCAGCAGCUGCUGCAGACCUACCUGAGGACCAUCCUGGCUGACAUCUCGGCGCAGCUGGGCUACGCGGAGACGGACGACGACUCUCACGUGGACCGCAUCCACAGGGAGCUGGUGUCCAGGUGGCAGUGCGCCGCCGGAGCCCCCGGCUGCCUGGAGUUCUCCAGCCAGGAGCUGGACAAGCUCAUCGCGGACGAGAACUACCUGUGA